CGACGGGACGGUAUAACGUAACGUAACACCACAAAAGUACGCAGUCAGUCAGAACAGAACAAAGGCUAUAUAGAAGCAAAUAGGAAAGAAACAGUGUAAAGAAAUUUUAAAAUGGACAACAUCGCUAGGACGCACGAAGCCAUAGAGGCCCAGAUCAAAGAAAUUCAGACAAAGAAAAAGGAAGUUAUCCAAUCAAAUGAGAAAGGAAUUGGCUUAUUAAAAAGCGGAUCAUAUUAUGAUACAGAAUUGUAUGAUGCUGAUGGAGGAGACAGAAAUAGCAAAUUUGAAGGAUAUGUUACUUCCAUUGCUCCUAAUGAUGAUGCGGAUGAAGAAGAUGAUAUUGGACCACCGUUGACGUCGAAUAAUAAACGCACUAUGUAUUCGUCUACUCAAGCAAUGAAAGAAAUAAUACAGAAUGAAGGAGAUUUUGAUCCAUUUUCGGAGCAUAGAAGACAAACAAUAGCCGAGAAGGAAGAUGAAUACAGACAAAAAAGACGGCGCUUGGUUAUAUCCCCUGAAAGAGUGGAUCCUUUUGCUGAUGGUGGAAAGACACCAGAUGUGGGAUCACGUACUUUCACCGAAAUUAUGCGGGAGCAAAUGCUUAAAGGAGAAGAGUCAGAGCUUCGUAAAAAGAUUCUGGAAAAAGUAAAGGAUGGUACACUAAAGGUCAGCAAUGGUGAAUCUCAGAAAGUUGAAUCACGAAAGCGUGGACGCUGGGAUCAAACAAUUGAGAACUUUGUUCCAGCAAAAAAAUCUCUUCCGGGAGCCGCUACACCUACAUGGGGCGAAGAUAAAACUCCUGGUGAUCAUCGAUGGGACGAAACUCCUGGUCACAAAGGUAGUGAGACACCUGGGGCCACUCCUGGUCAGAGUACUCGAAUUUGGGAUGCUACACCGGCUCAUGCGACACCAGGACGUACUGAAACUCCUGCUCAUGAAAAAUCUACUCGACGUAAUCGUUGGGACGAGACGCCUAAAACAGAACGCGAAACACCCGGACACAACAGUGGAUGGGCAGAAACACCACGAGCCGAUCGCACAGGUCAAGAUUUAAUUAAUGAAACCGCGACACCAGGUACAGCCAGCAAAAGACGUUCCCGUUGGGAUGAAACACCAUCAAAUGCUACACCAUUGCUACAGUCAACUACAAUGACACCAAGUAUGACACCUAAUAUGACUCCCCAUGCUACACCUGGUCAUGCUACACCACUUCUAACACCUGGAGGUUCAACACCAGUAGGACAUAAAGCUAUGGCAAUGGCUACUCCAACACCUGGACAUUUGGCUGCAAUGACUCCUGAGCAAUUACAGGCUUAUCGCUGGGAAAAAGAGAUUGAUGAAAGAAAUCGUCCUAUAACAGAUGAAGAACUUGAUGCAAUGUUUCCACCGGGCUACAAGGUCCUACCACCACCAGCUGGGUAUAUUCCAUUGCGUACACCUGCUAGAAAGUUGAGUGCAACACCAACACCCAUCACAGGGACUCCUCAAGGAUUCUUUAUUCAAGUUGAGGAUAAGUCUGCUAAAUUUAUUGAUAAUCAACCAAAAGGAAACUUGCCUUUUAUGAAGCCCGAAGAUGCUCAAUAUUUUGAUAAAUUGCUUGUCGAGGUUGAUGAAGAGUCCCUUAGUCCAGAGGAACAGAAGGAGCGAAAGAUAAUGAAGUUGUUGCUGAAAAUAAAAAAUGGAACUCCUCCAAUGAGAACUGCCUUAAGGCAAAUUACAGACAAAGCAAGAGAAUUUGGAGCUGGACCACUAUUCAAUCAGAUUCUUCCACUUCUCAUGAGUCCAACACUAGAAGAUCAAGAGCGUCAUUUGCUUGUUAAGGUUAUUGAUAGAAUUCUCUACAAAUUAGAUGAUUUGGUGCGUCCUUAUGUACACAAAAUUUUAGUUGUCAUUGAACCACUUCUCAUUGAUGAAGAUUACUAUGCACGUGUUGAGGGAAGAGAAAUUAUCUCCAAUUUAGCAAAAGCUGCCGGAUUGGCUACAAUGAUUUCAACAAUGAGACCAGACAUUGAUAAUAUAGAUGAAUAUGUACGAAAUACCACCGCUAGAGCUUUUGCUGUAGUUGCAUCAGCACUCGGGAUACCUUCACUUUUACCUUUUCUGAAAGCAGUUUGUAAAAGUAAAAAAUCCUGGCAAGCGCGUCACACGGGAAUUAAAAUUGUCCAACAAAUUGCAAUUCUUAUGGGUUGUGCCAUUUUGCCACAUCUCAAAUCACUCGUAGAAAUUAUUGAGCAUGGAUUGGUGGAUGAACAACAAAAAGUUCGAACAAUCACUGCAUUGGCAAUUGCUGCUCUUGCUGAAGCUGCUACACCAUAUGGCAUUGAAUCUUUUGAUUCUGUACUUAAACCCCUUUGGAAGGGUAUACGAACUCAUCGAGGAAAAGGUCUUGCGGCUUUUUUGAAAGCUAUUGGAUACCUAAUUCCUUUGAUGGACGCUGAAUAUGCAAAUUACUACACACGAGAAGUGAUGCUGAUUCUCAUUCGUGAGUUCCAAUCUCCUGACGAAGAAAUGAAGAAAAUUGUUCUCAAGGUUGUAAAACAGUGCUGUGCGACUGAUGGUGUGGAAGCACAGUACAUAAAGGAUGAGAUAUUACCGCACUUUUUCAAGCACUUUUGGAAUCAUCGUAUGGCUUUGGAUCGUCGCAAUUAUCGUCAAUUAGUUGACACAACUGUAGAAAUAGCUAAUAAAGUGGGUGCCUCUGAGAUAAUUAAUAGGGUUGUAGAUGAUUUAAAGGACGAAAAUGAACAAUACCGCAAAAUGGUUAUGGAGACAAUUGAAAAAAUUAUGGGAAAUCUCGGUGCAGCAGAUAUUGAUUCACGCUUAGAGGAACAACUUAUUGAUGGUAUACUCUAUGCGUUCCAGGAACAAACAACUGAAGAUGUUGUAAUGCUCAAUGGUUUUGGUACUAUUGUCAAUCAAUUGGCCAAACGAGUAAAACCGUAUCUGCCACAAAUUUGUGGUACCAUUCUGUGGCGUCUUAAUAAUAAAUCUGCAAAAGUUCGUCAGCAGGCGGCUGAUUUGAUAUCUCGCAUUGCUGUAGUUAUGAAGACGUGUCAGGAGGAAAAACUUAUGGGGCACUUAGGUGUCGUUUUGUAUGAAUAUUUGGGAGAAGAAUAUCCAGAAGUGCUGGGAUCUAUAUUGGGCGCUCUUAAGGCAAUCGUCAAUGUUAUUGGAAUGACAAAAAUGACACCUCCUAUCAAAGAUCUAUUACCUAGAUUGACGCCCAUCCUCAAGAAUCGACAUGAGAAAGUACAAGAGAAUUGUAUAGAUCUAGUGGGAAGGAUUGCUGAUCGUGGUCCUGAGUAUGUCUCAGCACGUGAAUGGAUGAGAAUAUGUUUUGAACUUCUGGAAUUGCUGAAGGCACACAAAAAAGCCAUUAGAAGGGCAACAGUAAAUACAUUUGGAUAUAUCGCCAAAGCCAUAGGACCACAUGAUGUGCUAGCAACUCUUUUAAACAACUUAAAAGUCCAAGAACGCCAAAAUCGUGUGUGCACAACUGUUGCUAUAGCAAUUGUUGCAGAAACUUGUCGUCCAUUCACUGUUUUGCCAGCUCUUAUGAAUGAAUAUCGAGUGCCCGAAUUAAAUGUGCAAAAUGGCGUUCUUAAAUCCCUCUUCUUAUUUGAGUACAUUGGUGAAAUGGGAAAGGAUUACAUUUAUGCUGUGUGUCCAUUAUUAGAAGACGCUCUCAUGGAUAGAGAUCUCGUUCAUCGCCAGACAGCUUGUGCUGCUAUUAAGCAUAUGGCCCUUGGAGUUUACGGAUUUGGGUGUGAAGAUGCUCUUGUGCACUUACUCAAUUAUGUAUGGCCAAAUUUUGAAACUUCACCACAUCUUGUCCAGGCUUUCAUGGAUGCUGUUGAAGGACUGCGCGUUGCUCUUGGACCAAUAAAAAUUCUGCAAUACACACUUCAGGGCCUCUUUCAUCCAGCUAGAAAAGUACGCGAGGUUUACUGGAAAAUUUAUAAUUCCCUAUAUAUUGGUGGACAAGAUGCUCUAGUUGCUGGCUAUCCCAGAAUAUCUAAUGAUCCAAAAAAUCAAUUCGCCCGGUAUGAUUUGGAUUAUUGUCUAUAAUUCAUACAUUACAACAGUGCAGUUAAAUGGAGAUCUCCGCUAAUAUGUGAAAAAAUUUUAAAUAUUUUAUCACUUUAAAUAAUAAUAUAUACUGAGAAUUAUUAUCUUUCUAAAACAAUAAAAUGAAAGAAUGUGGAUGUGUGUA